ACCAAAAGAUUAGAAGAAGAACUUAGGAUAUCAAGAGAAACUAGUAAAGCAUUAAGCACUGAAAGAAGUGAAAUUGCAAAAAAAAUUAAUGAUUUGUUACAUAAAAAAGACUUUGCUGAAAAUAGAAUUAGAGAACUCGAAGAACAACAUAAAGAAGAUCUUAAUUCAAGAGAUUUUACAGAAUUCAAACUCAAGAAUCAGAUCGUUGUAUUAAAACAGAAGGCUAUGGAUUUAGAAACUAGUUUAAGAAACAUAACAAGUUCAAAUAGGUCAAAUAAUGAACCUUCUGAACAUGUUGAAAGCAAUAGCAGUUCAG